AUGUACAAGAGAAUUAUCAGGUUUGUAGAUUCUAUCACGAGUAUUCGAGUCAUGAGUGAUUUCAACAUGUCAACAUCAAGAGUUAUCCACUACAGUAUCAAAGGCAAAGGCCAGGGACUGGAACAAGUCUUUCACACAUACUGAUCAUCCUGCUGCUGGAGCAGUUGGCCAAGAGGGUUUGGCAAACUACCUGCAAAUCCCAGUCCUCAUUCCUGAAUAUUUACCGUGAAGUUCAGAAAGUAAUGACCCCUCAAAAGUAGCAAACCUCUGAACGUAGCAAUAAAAUGUCACAGGUGUGAAUAGCAAAUCCCGAAAGUAGCGACCCUCCCUCCGAAAAUAACUAUGUACCCUCCAAAAAUAGUCCCCUCAAAACUAAUUUCCUUUCCUGCAAAAAACAACGGAUAUGAUAGAUAUUCUGACCAAAUGCCACACUAAUCAAACAUUCCUAUUCAUAACUCUUAAAGUACAGGAUAUACAUUACAUUUGUACCUUUUCUAAAAAAGUAUUCCUUUCACAUUUUGUGCGAUUUUAUUUUUUGAAUUGCCCAUGUGAAGUACACGUUUUAGCCAUCCAAAAGUAACAACCCCCUGAAAGUAGUGAGCCUCUGAAAGUAGUGAUAGCAGAAGGGUGCUAAAUCCGAAAGUAGCAUCACGAGGGUCAUUAGUUUUGAAACUUUACGGUACUUCUUUCUCAGUGAGUUCUAGUCCUCACUCCUGCUUGUUCUCUUUAUGGUCAGAAUAAAAAGUGUGGCACAGGUGUUUCUCCACUUGUGAGAUCUCUUACAAAGAAAUGUUCUUUUGAUUGUUCUUCUAUGUGACCAGAAGCCCUAUCUUACAAUGUAGAUGGUUUUCAUAUCCAGUAUAGUAUUAGCCUGUUCCAGGCUCCGAGAUAGUGGUGAAAAGUCGUUCAGUAAAAAGAAAUGAGAAAAACGCGUGGGGGCUGGGGAGAGACAUUUUUCUCGCCGCCACCUUCCCCUUUCCCAAGUCGCACGGGUCUUAUUUUCGCUUUGCUUGUUUUAAUACAUCCACACUAUACUAUCUGAGAGCCUGGCACAGGCUGGUAUAGUGUGAGUGUAGCCUGAGACAACUGGGGCUGAAACCGAUUAUUCAUUCUCACUUCCUUCUUUACUCCCUUGGCUCUGCAACAUUAAAUUCAUAUGCUUGAUGAAAUUCCAUGGUACAAUCAUUUCUUCGUUGUUUUUUUAAAAAAAAAAACUGGAAUCUGCCAUAAGUAUUUGUAAGGAAUAAUAGAGAGGAGAAGCCAAAUGGUAGCCAAAUGUCUGGAUCACAACAAUAGGGAGUUUUUGCACCAGCAAAAAAAGCAAUAGGUUUAGAUUGGCAUAAGAACAACUUUGCAGGUGCAUUUCGUAGCCUUUGUUGGACGACUGCGACGUGAAACUUCCUAGUUUCACUCGCCCGCUUUAUUGAGUAGGUGAGCACAACUGAAAAAUUUUUUUUUUGAAACUUAGAUAUGGUCCUUUCGGAUUCAACCCAGAAAAUUUUGCCAACAUUUGACAAAUUAGAUGAAAUUAAAUAAGAUCGAUGGGGUUUGAAACAGUGCGAUUCCACUUUUUAAGUGACGUUUUGAUUUGUUGUCAUCCCAAAAUUUUGCUACAAAAGUGAUGUAAUGACUUCUCCUCUCUAUUAGUCAAUGUCCUGUUUCUCGAAUUCUAGUAAAAACAUCAUUGCAGUUGUUAUUAUUACACUGUAUUUUUUGGCUCUGGCGGGACUAUUUAUUCAGAUAAUCUGUUUUGUUUUUACUAUUAGCCGCUGCAGUGGAAACUCACGUUUUCCAAGAGUAGAAGACAUGCCUCAUUUCCACUAUGACUUUGUUGAUCUUGGUGAAGAUAUACAAGUAAGCUUAACUUGUUUUAAACUAUUUAUAAUGUCAAUAGCACUGAGUGGAGUCCAAUUGAUCAUACAAGUGAUAAACAAAAUCCGAUUCGUUUAAUCACAAGACAGUAUGAUUUCAGACCGAAUUGGACAACACAAAGUUGUGUGACCAAUUACAUUGUAGUCAUAGCUAUAACAAAAUUUGCAGUGUUCUAAGCUUUUUUAAAGUUAAAACACAAGAUAUUCCAAGAGUUUUUGCCAGCAGUGAAAAAAAAAACAUUCAAAUGCAUGCACGUGAUGGCGUGACUGUCCAAUAGCUCAGGCAUGACAGUGCUGUCCUAUCAGUGCUGAAAUCAGAACAGCUGAUAGCCAAUGAGAUUUGAGAAUUUUGUUAUGUUUAUGAAUAAUAAUUGUGAAAUAACUGUUAGCAUGAAUCUUUUACAAACAACUCCUCUUACAUGAGCUGGACUUCCCUCUCAAACAACCACCCACUCUCCAGUUUAGAAGAAACUUUCUAGACCUUUUACAGCUAUAAAUUCCAGUAAAGUCAGUGAAAUCUUGUCUCAUUACCUAAUUCCCACAUUCUUGACCAUUUUACAACAAAAGCAAAGGAGGAAAAAAAGAGGAAAGGGAGGAGAAAUGGAAAGAAUGAGAGAAGAAGGGAAGAUGAUGUAACAAGAAAUUGCUUACUCUAUCUUUAUCUCAAAAUUGUUCUUUCUUCAAGCAUUGCAAACCUGAAAAGCUGUAUUCUACAUUAUGUAACAAUAGGAAAGAAAUGGAGCACAGUUUUCAAAUUGUACGCAAAGACCUGCCUAUAUUUUUUCCUUUUUUUUCAGUGAUGGCCGGAAUAUUAUAGGUUUACACAUAGCCGUAGUUGCUGCCUGCAGUGUAGGCGUAUUUGGGCGGCGAAAGCUUAUUCAUCUUUGUAUUUUUGUAGCUACCAUCUUUGAUUUUAUGAUAAAGGAAGAUUGGGAGACGCCCCAUUUCCUCCUCUGUUUUGGAGUUUCAACAUGGCACUUUCGCGAGCAAAAACCUUUGCCUGCCCAAAGAAAACUCUUGCACUGCAGGCUAGUUUACACAGUGUAUAUAUGAAGCUUUGAACAGCAUUUUUCAGCAAAAAGUCUAGAGGCCAAUGGGUUCCUCUUUCCCUCUCCCGGCUCCCUAUCCAUCAUGGUGAUGAAAUCAACCAGUGUGAGAUUCCAAAGCUCGAAACUCCCCACACUGUCAAGUUAAGGUCAAAGCCAACUCAAAAUUCAGGGGAUAGAUCAAGUUUCUUUCCGUACGUUUUCUAAGUUGGCUGGUCUGGUUUUUGCCAACAUUGACGGAUUGUCAACGUUACAUUUUUUUGACAUUGAGGAAGUGUAAGACGGUCAUUAAAAUUCUUGGUUUGGUUUUAUCACUUUCCAUAGUUUAGUCUCUAUGAAGGAAAAGGAGGUGAAAAACGCUACUAUAACGGACACUCUGUGGAGGAAGGUAUUCUUUUGGUAAGUUGAUGCUGUAAUAUUACAAGAGCUCGGCAAGAUAAGACAAGAACUUUAUUUAUACUACACACAGGAAAGAAACAUUGAAGAAACCACCAUUUUCAGUUGUUGAUCCAAUAUGUGGAAAACAAAUAGAUGUUUAGUUUUCAGUUUUGUAUAAAACGCGGACUAUUUUGAUUUCUUGAAUUUUGAGUUGUAACCCUCACUAAAAUAACAUACAUCUCAGAGAAGUACCGUAUCUGCUUGAUAGGGAGUCAGCGAAAGGAAUUUAACAAAGAGCACGCUAAAGGACCAACCUGAUACAUGUGUCUAGGCUGGCGUCCUUUAGGAAGUGUUGGUAAACCCUUUCACUUCUAAAAUUGGCCAAAGGAAAAAAAUACCAAAAGUAAUAAUUUUUUGUUAAAGCCUAAAAAAUAAAUAGUACCAUGUGAAAGUGCUGCUGAAGAGGUUUCAUUUGAAUGGUUACACGAUAGGAUUUCAUCCACAGACUCAAAAGUUAAAACUACAUACUAAAUAAAUAGUACCAUGUGAAAGUGCUGCUGAAGAGGUUUCAUUUGAAUGGUAACACCAUAGGAUUCCAUCCACAGAUUUAAAAGUUAGAGCGUUACUGCCACAAAUAAUAACGCUAUAACGUUGUCUGGAGAGGGCGUACCAUGGUUUUGUAGGAUCUUAUUCUCCUAAUGAACCACUAUCUAAGAAAUAUUGACAUUGCUAAACAUGUGUCUUUUCAAAGAAUUUAAACGUAACUUUGCAAACUUGAUGAAUCAUGAAAAAAAAAACUUACAGAAGGGAAUGACCGGGUAAAAAUAGCAGCUCUAAGCGAAAAAAAAAUUUCUCAAAGAAGGCAAGUGAGGGGAAAGCCUGUCCAAGUUUGUAUCUGGUUGAACAGUUUGUUACGAGGUGUGAUGAAGGUUGUAAAAAGAAAUCUUCAUCUGAAAAAAAUCUCCGUUGAAAAACAUAAAGAGAUCGAAAGUGAAGAGAGGAUUAAAAAGAUACAAGGUCGGGAAAAAAAAUUAAUCGUUUCCAAGUUAUGGAAGAGUCAAAAUGAGAAUUGUUUCUUUUAAACGCCCUUUUGUCAAACUUUAUGAUAUCUUGUGUUGGCACUGAUUAUAUGCACCGGUACGAAAGUCGCACCCAUUAUCAGUUCCUUAAUUCGGGUUCGAAACAGCACGUGGCAGUGAAUAUUCGAAACUCUUUGACUUAGGACUGGAACUAACACGCAGUCGAAGCUCGUUUGGGGAAAUAUGAAAAAAAAAUAUCUUUAUUUCCUAUUAGCCUCGAUUUCAAGCUAGUUCCAGUUCGUUGCCAACAUACUGAAGAAUAUGACCCAUUAUUGACUUAUUAACAGCAGUUAUAUUGGACUCGAUAUUUUUGCUUAUUACAUCCCAGACAAUAAAAUGGCCAUCCACAAGAGAAUCAUUUUCAAACGUAAUAACUCGGUUAAUUGUUUUGUUUCGUCUUCAGAGGCUUGCCUCCAUUAAGUUCCUAAGAAUUCAAUAUCGCCGAGCUCAUUUUGCCGCCCACAUGCAUUGCCUUGUUGUUCUGCAGUGAAAAGAGAAUUCUACAUCCUAGUUUUUCUUCGCUGUACAACCAUUUUCAGUGUUAUUUUUAAAUCUUAACGCAGGUCAACGUUAUCUGUCGCGGAAAGUCGUGGAUACUCACGCGAAGCAUCGAUAAUUUUCGAUUACUGGACCGGGAACUUCACAGGUAUGGCAUAAUAUUUUUAUUCUAAAGUUCUCUAUAUCUUAUCCUUUCCUCAGCUCUUUGUCGUGGAGUGGCCUAAGUUUUAUAAUUUUUAUUUUAUAUCAGGAAAGUGCCCCGCAAUGUUUAAUUUUAGCAGUCGUACUUGGCGAUUUCUUCCGUAGAAAUAAGGUGAAAUGAUAAGUAGCGUGGUAAUGGGGCAUUUGGUUGCGUAAGACUCUAUAGCUUUCGUUUGAAAAGUCACGCUUUAAGAUUUUAAACCUUAAAUUAAAUAUUAAUAGUCGCUGCCUUUAUCAAAACAACGACCGGCGAAAUACACUUUGACAUGAGUAAACUUCACGAACAUCAGAAAAUUUUUAUCAAAAACGAGAUUUUUUUGCAAGGUGGUAGCAACCGUUCGAGUAAAAGCGACAAAGUAUUGAUGAUAAUUAUAGUUUCAACAACAGUAGUUAUAAAAUAAUUUCGUUUUGUUAUUUUAUUACUAAAUCCAUAACUCAGGCAAGCAUGACAAGAAAUUUGCCAAACAGAUCGCCGGAAAAGAAGCGAAAGCAAGCGAGAUGUCUUUUACAUUUACAUUUGAGCAUGGGCUCUGUGGAAUUUUUUUGGAAAUUGAACAGUCGUCUGCUCGGAAAGGCCUUCUCGUUGAUAAAAACAGCUUUAAAAGAACUACUGAGCCGUAUGCUUUCCCUGCAUGGCAUAGUUAUGUGCUUCAGUUAAGUUUUUUAAUGUUCAAACGACAAGUUACUUUUUGGAUGAAAAUCGCGGAAGUGAAACUUUCUCGUUUUGUUGUCAUUUAUACUUCACGGGCUUCUUCUCAAUUUUGCGUCCGAAUACGAAACCAAGGUAUGAGUCGAUUUUUCUGGUGUCAUGUUUGUUUGUUUAUAAUUUAUACAAGCGAAAUGAAACUAAAUUCUUGUAUCAGUUGACUGAGUUCUGUUUUAUUUUCCAACCGUGUCGCUGUUUAGUUCUGUAAUGCUAGAAAAAUGAACGAGAAUAUUUCUCGUUCGCUUUGUCAUUCAAAGCCAUGACACUCAUUCUGUGGAGCUUAGAAGCUCUCAGUUUAAUGCCGUCUUAUGAAUAAAUAUCACUGUUAGCUAGUAUAGUGACACAAUAUUUUAUAGAUUAAUAUAGGAAGGCAAACGUUGCACUUAGAAACUCAAAUUUGCGUGGAAUUUUCUAACAACAGUCGUCGUCUCUCUUCGGCGGCAAAAUAAUAAAUUCGUAAAGAAAACAAAUGGCAAUAUCGUGAUUGCUCACUCAAACGUGAGGGGAGGUUAAUAUACGUCCUUACUGACACACUUUCUAAUUAACUAUGAAUUUCAAUUUGACAUUUUUGUCAGGAAAGUUUCACUUAUUUCGCGUGACUUUUUUUAGUUAACUCCAAAGUACGUAAUAUAUGACUGGGUGAACUUAAAGAAUCUGGGGGAAAAAUGAUUUCCUACGCUAAAUGUUUACCUUCCGUGCCUGGACGGGGGUGAGGUAAAAAGAAUUUUUGUGUUCUUUUUAAAAUCACGGAAACUAAUAAGUACAUUUACAUGUAGAGAUAAAAUCUUAAAUACGGUAAUACUUUAUUUUUGUCCAUGUUUCGGCUUUGUUUUGAAGCAGAUUUUGGGAUCGUUGUGGUAGCCCAAGCAAAGACCUUGAAAUGGAUAUACUCCUUCCCUGUUUAUUGCUUUAUAUUCGAUACUGUCGGAGUGCUGGCGAGCUACUCGGUUAAGUCGCUCAAAUUAAAGUCAUUUCGCGCCGAUUAAAACGUUGCCGCACGCGCCUAUAGCGGAGUCAUUAGAGAGUUUAAGCUUCACUUAUACGGCAAACGGCAAACGUCAGAUUCAAGUUGAGAAUUUCUCAAAAUAGAAAAUGAGCAGAUAAAAACAGCUCAAAACAAUUCUUAUGGAUGAAAAAUUACGUGAAAUUACUAAUUUAGGUGUAGAAAUAAUCAACAGUAAACGACAAGUAAAGAGGUAACUUGGUCACGCGGUGUAAAUACGCGUUUGCCGUUUGACGUAAACGUGAUGCGUAAUCUUUCUAUUAGGACGUGUAAGCAACUGCGAGGGCGAAAACAAUAGUAAGCCGGUUGAAAUGUCCAAAAACAAGUGGUUUUGUGUGCAAGACAACAACUCUGCACGUGCAUCUGUAUGUUUCACUCAAUUUCGUGGCAGUUCCAACUGUUUGAAUUCUGAUAAAUUUUGUGACGCAGCUCUUUUAAGGGGGUCAAAUUAAGUGGGCAUAUGGCGAAAGUCACUACCUCGUUCUUUGACUCAUGCUCCACAACCCUGACGAAUGCACGGCAGACUAACUCUAGCUCAAAUGUUCUGUUUUUUAGAUGCCUCUUUGACAGAUUUCACAGCAAGUUAAAAUCACUCCAACGCUUGCAAGACACUGAUCCCUUCUCUAGGAGUCAUGUAAGUUUAAAUUGUCUUUUUCCGGUAUGCAUAGACAAUCGAUGAAAUCGAUAAUCGAUAACAUUCGAUAGUAAUCCAUAAAGAUUGAUAAAUUGAUUUAAAGAUCGAUAGCGGGAAAAGUUGUGGUAAUCGGUUAUUAUCGAUUUUAUCGGCGCUAAAAUUUUCGACUUGUUUCAGGAAAACAUGAGAAAAGAACGGCUUAACUUCAAAUUUAUUUCCAUAUUAAUUGUGACUUAACGUUUCAGGAUAAUAGGCCAGUUGCACUAAGAGGUCACGUGACCAAUGCUUCCUUUAAACGAUGAGUUGGAAUCUUGCUGAUGCCAAAGAUUGACAGAACACAUAAGAAUUAUCUUACACCCGAAAUUUGAGAGGAAACGCAUUUAAGGGAGAUAUUUUAUGGCACUUUGAUUUUUCAACAAAGUAGUAUGAUUUGUAUUGGCCGCCAUGUUGGAGGGCAUACUCUUGCCCUCCAACAUGGCGGCCAAAACUACUUUUUGCUUAUAUCUUGUUAAACGUUUGAUAGUUACUCUCAGAUGUGCUGUAAACGUUACCACAUCAUCUUUUCAACAUUUCCCUUGAACUUUAAGUGCAAAAUUUGUGUUCAGAAAGAGGAAAUUCAUAACUUUAAAAUCACAUUUUGGUCACGUGACCAGCUACGAACUUACUCAUUUUAAGAAAAUGGUGCGGGUUUGAAAAACCAAAUCACUAUUAUUUUGUUUAAGAUAUGACCCACUAAUCGUUUUUCGAAGGCAAAAUCAUAUAACUUUCAUUUUCAUAAAAACGAUGUCACAUGACCUCUUAGUGCAAAUGGCCUAUUACUACAACGAAAAACGUCGUGGUAAUCGAUUUCUUGCUAUUGAUCAAUAAAAUCGAAGUAUCGGUAGUUAUCGGUUUAUCGAUUUAUUUUUCCAGUAUCGGGUUUCAUACAAAUUGUCCACGCCAGAAUAGACUCGAAGGAAACACUAUUACAUUAGACUCAUAUGAUAUGACAGGGCUGAAUAAAAAUGUGAGGAUGUUUAGAAAAUUCUUUUGCAAAUGAUUCUUAUUUAGCGGAGACGCUUCGUUUGUGCGUCUUCUUUUGUUCAUAGCAAAAAAUAGAAGAGAAAUUAGAAAAGUAGAAACGAGAAUUGAAUAAAGUAUGAAUUAAACUAUCUUUACUCUAAAUGGGAACCUCAGAAUCCACCUUAAAAAUCGCCAAAAUGUGAGGAUGUUUAGAAAAUCCUUUUGCAACCUCUCCCGUCUCUGCACAUGCGCAGACGUUAUUUAGCCCUGUCUUAUGAUAUAACUUUAACUGUCAAACCCAGGCCUCCGUGACCGCUAAUAGUAUUCGGAUAAUGUCAAAGCACGUGCGAUGGAAGCACGUGACCUGCUAGAACACCAUGCUUAUAUUUUCUUGUAGUGUUAAAUCUAAUAGUAAGCCGGGGUUGAAAUGUCCAAACUUGAUAUGCGUUCUCCCUGAUACACUAUCUCAGGCCAUAGUAAAUAAAAACAGUGGCGUGGUUUUAAAGCCCAUCAGACUCCCUUGUGAUAUGUGUAUUUAUGGACAUGACGGUGCACAACUUCAAUGGCAUUCCGAUCUUUCUUAUCAAUAAAAACGACCCAUUAAGGAUAGUUCAUCCGUUAGGGAGCUUCCAACAUAAACUACAGGACUGUUGUUUUAUAUUUCACGUUUGCCCUCGUUCAAAACCAGUCUGCUCAAAUAUGCUUAUGCUAAAACAUAUUGUAUUUUAGGAAUGUCGCCAGUUGCUGCAGGAUUACUUGGCACGAUUAUCUCAACUUGCUGAUGAUGCUAUGAACUGUAGUGCUGUUCUCAAUUGGUUUGAGGUGAGCUUCACAUCUUUACAGCGGCACAGGGCCCCAUGUAAUCUUCCGUCGUAAAUUUAAUCGACAUUGUUGCAGUGGCUGUUACUUCAACUCGCUGCACUUUCUUUCUUGUAACUUUUUUUUUUUUCACGUGUAUAAUGAAUGUGUAAGUUGCUGCUCUUUGGCUGACCUCACGGCGGUCAUGUUGCUUGACAGCUAAUAAUGGCGUUUCCCUCCAUUAGGAACUACACCGCUUUUUCAUGCAAACUGUGGAAAAAAAGUGUUGUUUAGUCAACCAUCAUAUUCGUCUUGUUGCCUGGUUGUGAGCUAACAAUGGAUAUGAUAUUGUCUAUUUAUCUGUUUUAUUUUUUGUGAAAAGUGAAAUAAAUUAGGACUUGAACUUGGGGUAUAGUUUAAAAAAAGCCACACUUAGUUUCAAAAAUACGCCGUUGCAAAGUCAAACCGACGAAAAAUAAUUAAUUGAUGAAUAUUUUCUCUGCAACGUCUGUUGCUUUUCAGCUUGAUAACCAUGGAAACCACAUGUUAUUGACAGAUGAAUCACCAAUAAAUGUUCCUGGAAUAGCCGCUGCACACGUGAUCAAAAGAUACACCGCACAGGCCGCGGAUGAAAUUUCACUUGAGGUAUACAUAUAAUCAUUGUGAAUGGUUUAUAUCCACUGUGUUGGCUAAGUUAUCCUGCAUAUCAAAUGUAUCUUAACACCCAGGUGGAUCGCAUCGGAUUUGGCUUUGAGGUGGAGCCACACCGAUGCAAAUUCCCUUUCGUAAACGGUCGCUGCCACUGUUUAAGACACUUAGAAAAGGGAAUUCAUUCGAAUGGUCACGCCCACGGUUUUCGUCCACAGGCUCAGAAGUUACCAUGUGAAAGUACUUCUCAAAAAGAAGCUUAUUUGAAUGGUGACAUGGUUAGUUUUCGUUCACGUAUUUAGAGCUCACACGUUAAAGUACUCCAAAAGGUUUCAUUCGGUUAGUCACACUAGAGGAUUCGCUUAAGGCUUAAAACUUCCGCUUUCUUGCUUGUUUCUAUACUUUUCUGUUGGUCUCGAUUGAUUUAACUUAGAUCAAAAAUUCUUCAAUUUGUCAACGCUUAUCUUGACUUGUUUGGACGCGAUUUUUUUGUCUCUCUCUCCUAUCGUGAGCUACAACAGCAGCGAUAACGAAAUGAAUGGAUAAUGCACGAAUUCACGGCUUUUUAAUAAAUACACAUACAUAGUUUAUUGCAUAGCUUUCCCUUGGGGGCUCUUCCGCCAUACAUACAUGAAUUGAAAAAUAAAAUAAAAUAAAAUAAAAUAGAAAACUAUUUACGUUUCGAUGAUAUAAUAACGAACCAAAAGGUAAUAAUAAAAAUAAUCAUAAUAAUCAUAAUACUACUACUACUAUUAAUAAUAAUACGUUAAUUGUGAAGACUAUAUACAUUUCAAUGAUAAAAGACUGUCUAUGAAUUAAAAAGAUUUUUAAAAUUCCUCUUUUUAAAAAACGGUAAGACUUUCCGUGUCUUAUAUCCUUAAAUAAGGUAUUAUGCAUUUUUGCCCCACGGUAGGCAAAAGCCCUUUGGCCAAUUGCCAGGCUGUACCUAUUGUAGGCAACGUAAGGUCGUUAUUCUGCCUAGUGUCUCUUUGGUGAGUUUUUUUCGUUUUUGUCGUUAAAAAGCAGUUUGUCCCUUACGUUAAACCAGUUAAUGAUCGUACCCUCUAAAACCAGCUACGAUUGAGCAGUUAUAGUUCUAGACUAGCUGAAGUUUUGUAACGUUCUUAUUGCUUGUGCUACUCCGUACAGUCGGAUAGUAAAAUAGACUCUAAAAUAAUUUGCGGAAGACGAGAGAAUUUACGAGGCAGAUUAGGUUCUUUUUUUUAUUUAAGAGAUGCUUUAUCCUAUUAACUCUUGUUAGUUUAAGCAUUUAUUGCGGUGGCGGGAGUAACUAUACUGUCUUAUGUCUUACGGAACACGCAAUUUUAAAUCUAUACUGAAUGUGUUUAUGCCCUCUGAAUACGGUCAGAAUCAAUUUAGUUACGCUGGCACUUAUUACCUCAAAGUUUAUGACGUGUUUUCAAUUGCUGUGGAUUAACAUAUCCUGUUGCGUGUUUCCGUUGUUCAAUCUAUGUCUUUUUAGUCACGCGUGACCUGUUUUGAAGAGGUUCCGCAUGUCACGCCAACGGGAGCUUUUCGACUUUUUGUUGUGGUAUGAAAGGGGGCGUAACAUAAAAACAGACAAAUUAAAGAGGCUGUGUCACGGCAGUCCAGUUCAUUUUGUUUAAUUUUGCCAAUUACUCGCCUUCGAUCGCUAUGGAACUUAAAGUAAGCAAAGAAAUUACAUGUAAAUAACAGAAUCAGAGACCCGAGACAAACAAAUAUGUCUCCUGAGCAUGAUUCUUAAAGUUGCAAGUAGCAGGGAUCAACUUUGAAAAACUGUUAGGCUUAACAGUUUUCAAAAAUCCUAAUUUCAAUCCGUUUCAAUCUUCUUCAGUUUUGCCCAUCCGCGACAUCUGUUGUUUCUGUUAUAUUAUUUUAAUCCUUUAAAGUUUUAAGCGGUUAUUUUUAUGUUUCUCUUAAUUCAACGGGCAUUUUGUAAUUUCUUAAUUUGGCUCAAUUUCGUGACACAGCUCCUUUAAAGAGCCGUAUUGCGUUUUACGAAGGUGUCUGAAUAAUGAGGGUUGUCGCGUUUCAAGUGAAGUUUCGUCUCCUCGACAUGACAUAAUUGUUAAUACUAAUCGCUGUGAGCUACAACCGCUCAGCUGCGAAGCCAUUGUUGUCUUCCUGAUCGCUUGGUCAUUUUAAAUGGAAUAAAGUAGAAAAAAGGAUUUUACAGAGAUUCUAGAAAAUUUUCUGACCGCCGGGCAUUUAGUUAUUUUAAGACCCUCCCCAGCUGUCUGGCAUAUAGCCACAGCGAAUACUAAUAGGAAGAAGAAAACAUUGGUAUAGUUUAAUAAAAGAACGAGAGUGCUUUAUCAAAGUUUGAUAAACACGAACUGAGAAUUUAAACACUCAAGAAAGCGAAAUAUUUAAAAGUAACGCAAAUAAUAUCAAGAUAAAGUGUUCCAACAACUUUCCACGGCGGUACAGUGUUUUCAACAAAAACUUGGGAUGUAAAUCUAUUCAAUUUGGCACCAAUAACUGGUUUUGGAGUUAUUUUGGACAAGAAAAUUUGACGUGAAGUUAAGCCGUGUCUCUUUCAAAUAUAAAGAAACUCAUUUAACAUUUAAUUCCUUUGAACUUCCUUUAAAAAUAAUUUUCCUUUUUGUUUUCUUCAUGAAUUGUUUAUGAGGGUCGUGUGGGUUAAGCUAGCCACGUGUUGGGAAGGUUCUUGGCGCCCAAGACGAAGAUGCCAAGCGUCAAUUUUCGUACAAUUUUGCGUAUGACUGCAUAGUGCCAACAAUGGCUAAAAUCAGGUUUAGUUAAAGUGUUUCUUCUUCUUCUUCUUUUAUUUCUGCUUGCGUCUACCGUUUUUCGUUUGACAAGGUUUGUUUUAGCGAAUUUUUUCCUCUUGAGAUCCGCUCACGUUUCUCGCGCGACAGUUCAUCUCUCCUAGCUGUACUAUGUUUAAUCAAAAACAGCCCCCCGGGUUCUUCAUUCCAUUGAGCCAUUUCAAAUAAGGUCGUCGAACUUAUCAUUGAAACCAGGUGAGGCGAAGCCUGCAUUUUACAGAUAAAAUAAUGUUACUUGCGGAAAGACCCAUUACAGAGAACAGCUAGCGACAAGAGUUUUGUUUUAGUCGCGUGACUGUCUCCCAACUAUUAGGUCAGUUUCUAUAACGGCGGCGGAUCACGUGAAUCAACUAUUCAUAAAAAUUAAUUUGAAGGUUGAUAUCUGUUCGAUCUUUAGACGGUCAUUAUUUUUAACUAUUGAGCUCUAAUUGUCUUUUCUUUCAGCAGCAUACCAUGAAUGGUUCUUGUUGUGUUCUCAUUAUUCUUAAGCGAACUCUUCAGAGACCAUUUCUGUAACCAACUCGAUCACAUUUUUGGCCACCUGUCUGAGGAAGGAUUCAUACGAUGUGAUCAUUAAAUUAAUACCUCCCUGUGCUACUGUUCAUUAAAAAAUCUAAUUCUAACUUUUGAGUCUGGAUGCAAUCUAACCAUUCAAAUAAAAGCUACCACUCCAGGUUUUUUUCCUGUGCUGUAGUUUGUUGUGCGGUACAAGGUGUUUCUAACUUUGAUUAUUUGAAUGAAAUCCUGAAGCGUGACUAUUUGAAUGAAAUAUACUGAGCAGUGCUCUCCUGCUGCGCUGAUCAUUAACACGAACCAGAGGUUGCCCAAGCUCGAAAUAUGAGCAUUGGCGAGCAUCGGCAUUGCUGCGUCACAUUUGAAAUAUAAGGAUUUGUAUGGAGAAAAAGAGUUGUCGUUUCUGUAACCUACAAAAAUGAAAGGAUUUCAAUAAAACAAAGAGCUUCCCUUACAUAAAAUGUGUUACGUCUCUCCUGUGUGGUCCAUGGGCCGAUAUAUCCGCCGUCUUACGGGUCGUACUGUAAACGGUUUUCCAAUAACACCCAUUAAAUGGCCAUAAAUCGGCUCAGAAACCACACAGGAAAGAAGAAACACACAGCUUAAGCCCAAGGUUAGCCGAUUUUUAUUUAAAUCCUUUUACAUUCGAAGGCUACAGAAACAAUUGUUUUCUCCCAUGCAAAUCCUUAUAUUUUGAGCGUUACGCAGCAGUGCUGAUGGUCAUAUCUCGAGCUUGGGCUACCUGUGCUAAAACUGUACAAUUUGUUUCUAAAUUUUGCGUUUGUAGGUGAAAUCCUAAAGGGAAAAAAAAACAACUCAGUAUUAACCUUUCUGUAGUGCUGCCUAAUGCUCUACAAGUUACCUCAGACUUGGGGGAAAAAGUCACGAAUGUGUGACUAUUCAAAUGAAUGCUUUUCAAAACACAUUCUUUUGAUGCCAGUUGCCUUUCAAAUGAAUCUAUUUUAUUACAUUGCGUGGCACAAAAAUACCAUAAAAUGACAUUUUCUGUGAAUUUAGUCCAAAAAGGACUUUUAUGACGGGAGCUGUAUAUUAAUCUUGUACAGCGGAAACCAAGUUGUCGCAAUUUUGCGCAGUUCUUUCGCUGUUGUUUAUACCUUGACGUAGCUGACGUAAAGAGGAAAUUAUUCCGCUCGAUGUAGCGUAUCCUUUGUACAACGCGACUUUACAAUAUUUCAGUAAUCAAGGAUGAAUCUCAUUUGAUUUAGGAGGGAAAAGACUCGACUGCCAGCAAAGCGAAAAUCCAUAAACGCAUUCUGCGACUGAAUCGUUGACCUCUCUCUAAAAUUGCUUCAUUUCUGGUAAGAACCAUGGCACAUAGAAUGUCGUUUGUAUUAAUUUUGACUAUGAGUUGUUACAUUACGUUCGUAGGCGACCGUAUUUCGCAAUCGGCCACGUUGUUUAAUGCGGUAGACGGUUUCUUACAAAAAAGAAAAAUAAAUAGGUAGUUAUUUCCAAAGUUCACCGAAGUUUCUCCUUGUAGGUUGGCGGGAUCAUUUCUGUUAUUGAUAUGCCACCAGUUGAAGAAAGUUUGUGGUGGCGAGGAAAACAAGGAUUUCAGGUAUGCUAACGAUGUGUUAUUGUUUUGGUUAGAUCUGCGUACGAGGCGAAAAUCCUUCACAGAAAAGCACCACUCUAACAUUUUGGUGUUUUCGGGAGCAUUUCUUAACAAAAAAGCAAAUCUUGUCAGUGUUGUUUAUAGUUGUUGUAUAGUAUUUUUGUUCAGUGUGUUAUCCACUUUGUUUUUGUCAUUGAUAUGUGUAUCGUGUAAAUAUUUACCCACGGGCAUUGUAUAACAAGCUUAUUUGGAUGAAGUCAAAGCUAGAAAGGUAGUAGAUUAUAGCCAAUCAUCUUAUUAGAUGUUUAUAUGUGAUUGUUACUGAUGGUUUCCUCGCCCAAGUCAUUUCUUCCCUUGAAUGUAAAGAUGUCUGUCCCUAGUAUUAAUAUCACUUCUGCUCCCUCGACUGCCUUUAAUAAAAAUGUACGAAAAAUCCCAUUAAGUCGUACAAUUUAAAAGAACUUCUCACGAGGUUUCGUUUUAAUUGUCACACUGUAGAAUGUCAUCCACAGACUCCAAAGUUAGAUUAGAACCGACUUGUAUAGCGUGUUAAACAGGAUCACAUCGAUAUACUACUCAGUAACUUCCAUUUGAGUGGUCACACUUUAGGAUUUCAUUCGUAGACUACAGAACAAGUGCAAGGUUCCAAUGAAACUAAUGGUUACUUGUAGAAAUAUUGUUCAAGAGGUUUUAUUUAAUUGGUGGCCCCCUGGCCGGACCGGUCGUCCUCAAACUAAAACGUUUUAACUACCUUACAUGCCUCCAUAAUAAAAAGGGUCAAUUCAUUGUCAUUAAUAUUCUUACGCGUAAUUGGUAUUUUUGACUUUCAUGCUAUCGGUCGGAGACCAUCUGAAAAGUCCCUAAAAAAAGAUAUGAAUCCGCAAUCGUUUUUUUUUAAUAACAUGUAAUUUUUGAAUCCACUAAUGCUAAUAGAUUUUUUCCCCCUGUAUGUUGAUAUAGUUAAAAAUCAGAACUUUGUAUCCAUUUUUUUUGUUAGUUACGCUUCACAUAUUGUAGCUCUGUGUAAUGAGUACUGCAGUUUUUGAUGCAGUAUUUAGUGUAUUACGGCUCAGCCGUUUGAGAAUUUGUUAGAAGGGCUAAACAAAACGCUAAUUUAAUGUACAACUGCAUUAAUAAUCUCGCCCCAGCUUAUCUCUGUAAUUUGUUUGCCCCAAGAACACCGAAUUACUAUUUUCCCAGCGCGAAGAAAAAAAUAAUGCUCCCAAAACAAAGAACUGAUUACCUGAAGCGUAGCGUCAGGUACAGUGGCGCUCUUCUAUGGAACAAUCUUCCUGAGGAAAUACGUACAUCAAAUUCCUUAGGUUUCUUUAAGAGAAGUUCCCAUAGAUGGUUGUCUGAUCGGUACUCCCACACGACAAAUAUGUAAAACAGUUUUUGAGAAUUUUAAAUUAAUUUUCUAUGGUAGGCUGAUGUUUUUAACCGUGUAUAAAUAAAGUUAUCAUUCAUCAUUCAUUCAUUCAUUCACAAGCAUUACUUAGAAUGCGCCGUUGAAGAGUUUGCCGAACCAUUUCACUCUCAAAAGUGGGCAAAGACAAAAUGGGACAAAAUUUUUGAAUAUUUCAUUUUGGAAGUGUUAGAACGGAAAAGUACCUUGUGAAGCUACACUGCGUGCAGAGGUUUCUCUCUUGCAUGGCUUUUAGCGUUUACAUAGUUGUUCAGGUAGCUGACACGAGCGACACGAACGACUUUACCUCUGCUCGCAGGGUAAAGUGAAACAAGUUAUAGGUAAACAAAAAAUCGUCCAGCCACUUUGAGAAAAGUUGACUGUUUCGCCUAAACCUUCUGAAAGAGCGAAGGGCUAUUCGCCCAUAUCACAAGCCUCAAAUCUUAAUGCCAAAGUUAUAGCGUUUGUAUUUGCUAAUAGCUAAUAUCUUUGGAUUGUCUUUUCAGGUUGGAUUUUUUCCCAGUCAGUGUGUUGAAGUUAUCGGUGACAAAACGGACGGCCAAAACACGCUUCCUAGCACUGGGACCUCACUGCACAUGUCACCUGGUAAGAUAAUUUGUUUUCGAGCCGAGCGAGCUCGUGUCACUCGCGUGUUUCCACGUCACUUUUUUCCUGCGUGUGUUUUGCUCGACUCUCGCCGUUCUCAUUACUAAGUAGUGCUCGCGCGUGAAGCAGCGUCAUUUUGGCGGGAAAACGUGAUGAUCGUCGUCAUUCUACUACGAGUUUGAGUGAAAAUGUUGUAGUGGCAGAAACAAGUUAUCAAAUGUUAAAAUGUUGUUUGACAAUAUUACCGGAAAAAAAACUUGAAAUAAUCACAUCUGGUACUCGUAGUCAUUCUUGUCCUUGAAUCUAAAGGUCUCUAAUGUCGUAGUAAGACAUAGCCAGUAUUUGAUGACUUGCCUUUUUGGUCUUGAAUUUGGUAUUAACCUGUUUUUCUUUCAUUUUAGUUGCCAAGAAGCGAGGGAAAAUUGUCACUUUUCUCAGACUGUUUCUGUCUUCUCGACCUUCCAAGGCUCGGCUCUUGCAAAGCGGUAUUUUAAAGUAAGUCAUGCGAAUUGUUGAUUCCUAAGUUCUCCCAUAUUCAACAUAACGUGGGGUUCUAAAAUGGACCUCAAUAUUAAAUAUCCCGCGACCUCGAAAGACGAACCUAUUUGUGCUAGAAAUGAGCGAGAUAAACAAUUUCAAAGAAAAUUUCAAAUGUUUUCUUCACUUUAGGUUUCAGAUUAGAAGUAAAGCUAGAAACACCUAGUGCAAUGAGCAAUACCCAAGGAAACUACUACUUUUUAGCUUUCGUUUAAAUGGUCUCAAUUCAAGACUUCAUACACUGACGUUAGUUAAGUUAGAAAAACGUUUAACAGUAUAGUUAACAUCACCACAUUAAAACACUGCUCAAAAUCUUUUAUUUGAAUGGUCACACUUUAGGAUUUCAUCCAUGAACUAAAGAUUGAAAGCAUCCUAACAAACAUAGUCAACCAUGUCACAAAAAAGUACUUUUGGACUUCACCUACAAGCUGGUAAACUGCAGCAGUGGCUCCGAGACAACUUGAUUAACAUCACGUUUCUAUCUUCGGAAAUGUCAGGCCAUCCCUAUUAGGUCUCGUCCUCCCCUACCCGAUUUAAACUCGCGGUUUCUUAAUUGUUUUGCAGGGAGCGCACGUUUGGUUGUGAUUUAGGGGAGCAUUUAGCAAAGAACAACAAUGCAGAAGGUAAAGAGUCUUGUGCAAAUUAUUGCUUGCGUCUGCAGUAAGCCUAAUAACAGUAAUAAUAAAGAUUACCGAGGACGUUCGACCGGUCCAAUUUCCAGGCUCUCUCUCUCCUUUAGCAGGUUAAUGAUGUUAUUCGCCCCUGCGAUAUCUGCGGGGUCGAUGUCAGAUACGUGUCCCAACAUUCGUGUGUAAGUUGUCCCACACAAUCACUCCAAUCUUAGAAUUGCAUUCUCCUACGUCGAACGCAAAUGUUCUUAAGGAUGUCGCUCCUAACCAAAAUUUGGCAAAAGUGUCCUCCAUGAGUAAACAGGGAGUGGUUACCGUAAUGAGUGUAAAGAUUUUUCAUAGAACUUGUAUUUUUCUUCGCUAGUUCCACUUGUGUUAGUAAAGUGCUCAGAAGUUAUCGAGUCACACGGCAUCGUUGAUGGAGUUUACCGAUUGUCUGGCAUGUCAUCAAACAUCCAGAAACUAAGGUUAGUAGCGGCUGGUAGACUUUGUCAAUAAAAGUUUAUUGACUGACGAGGCUCGAAGAGCGAAAUACAUUACGAGGAUUUUAAGACUUCUAGAACAUUUUUAUUUUUACAUUUUACAUUUCUUACACGUGCGUCGAAUGUGGUAAAGACGUGAUGUCUUAUUUUGCAAGUAGUUCAAGUUAUUCGAACACAUUCCUAGUCUCGGCAUUUACAAUUUCUCAAAAAUAUUCAUUUAUUCAUUCAUUCAUUCAUUCAUUCAUUCAUACAAGCGCGGGGAAAGGCGAAAGGGAGGGGAAGCGUCCACUGGAGCCUUGGUUCAAAGACUAGAAAUUUACAUCCUCGAACAAAAAUAGUUAGGAUAAUUUGGAAAAAUUCCUUCUUUUUCCUGUCCUCUCGAUCCCUCGCUUAAUGAAUGGCCGUUCUCCCCACUCCCCUUUUCUGGAAUGUUGUUCUUAACUUAUGGGAGGUGGUAGUUUACGAAAGGUGGUCGCACAUGGUGGUUGUACUGUGUUUGCUUGUUUGUUGUUGUUGUUUGUUAUUUGCGAAUAAAAUUGCUUAGAAAUACAGACGAGGGUUCAGACCCUGAGAACAAGUUAGGAGACGUGAUUAUCCUUUUUUCAGUUUAAGGGAAAAUAAACCCUUUCAUUUACAUAAAUUGUGUUUCAGGUUGGCGUUUGAUGGAGAUGAAGCACCUGACCUCCUUAAAGAAUGUUACAUCCGGGAUAUCCACUGCAUCAGUUCCUUACUCAAGAUGUACUUUAGGUAAGAGUUUCCUCUAAGUGUUCUAUUCCUGAUCAGCAUUGUAAAGGGUUGAUAACAUAACCAGAACCUCUCCAAGUAAAAACUGUCAAUAAUUGCUUGUUAUUUUGUAGUGACUGAACAUGGAUGUGUUUACCUGUUAAGUUCAUGAAACGUUUCGUAUUAAAUCUGACUGCUAGUUUUCCUCCAACAAAUAAGUAGCGCGACCGAGAUUUUACAACGUGUUGGGCUGAUUUUGUUCCCCUCUUCCCUUUUUUUUCUUUCCCUUUCCCCCUUCCUUAGUGUUUUGGUUCUGCCUUCAGCCUUUUUGUUUUGUUCGGCUGUAUUAUUGCAUUCAGUAUGGCGGGCACAACAUCGCUAUGUUAGGGUGCGUUUCAUCAUAGUUAAUUGAGUGGAAUGGUUAUGAAACCCGUCAGACUCCUUUGUUAUAUGUUUUUGUUGACCUGAAAGUGCACAACGUUCAAAAGAAUUCCUAUCAUUUUGAUUGUAUUGACCAAUAAAAACGUUGCAUUAAUUUAUUCCGUAACAAUUUGCCAACAGAAAACAAAGGAUUGUGCACUUUCACGGUGCUUUGAACAUAAACUACAGCACUGUUGUUUUUAUCAUUGAUGUUUGCCGCUUUUCAUAACCAGUCUCCUCUAAUAACUAUGGUUUCAUUGAAAAAUCCGGAUUUCGGAUUUGCAAUCGAACGCGAAAUCUGAAAACGGAUUUCAACGCUGAGACAUCUGUGUUUGGAUUUCCUUUUUACCGUUCGAUUGGGAAAUCCGAAAAGUGAUUUGAAAAACUGUCCUCAAGAACAGCAGUCCUGCACGCGCACGGUUAAUUAAUGAGCUUUAGCAAAGACGACGGCGACGGCAAAUAGGACGUCUGAAAAGCAAUAGCUUUAUUUCGCAAAACAACAACUCUGCACGUGCAUCACGCUUUUUUGUACAUUUCUUUACCGUCCUUGCACGACUACGACGUGAAAAUGCCUAAUUGCAAGUUUUAUGGAGGACGUAAACAAGCGACGUCGAAUCUCGUUUUCUCUCUCUAAACUUGAGUCCGGUCCAGAAGAAAUCAACCCCAAGGAAAAUCGCCUACACUUGCCAUUUUCAGCAAAUUGGAAUAAACGGGAAUUGAUUUAAAACUGACGUUUUCGCUGCAGUUGCCGUUGUCGCUGUUAAAGCUCCCUAUUAGCAAAGGGAAGACCGCUAUUUAUGAGAAUAGUUUUCCAAAUGCUUUUUUCGGAUUUCCCAAUCGAACGGUGAAGAGGAAAUCCAUGAAAUCUGGAUUUGGAUUUCUUUAUUGAAAUCCACCCUGAGGACGGAUUUCUCGGAGGUGAAAUCCUUUUUCAGACCAUCUGAAUCGCGUUCGAUUGCAACAUUUAAAUCCGGAUUUCCUAAUUGAACGAAACCUUAGUGUCACUUUGCCUUUGCAGUCAUCUUCUGUCGAUGUUCAUUUCAUGUAGAAAACUGAUGAAGAUAGUGGAAUGAAUAGAAGGGCGUCUAGAGAUAUGCCAUUUUUUAAUUUUUACAGCGUGCGAUGUAAGAAGCUUUUUAGAUUUAAGGCUAGUUACAAGCAUAAUAAGUGCUGAUGGCAAAUAACAACUGAUAUUUUUUUUAGGGAGCUUCCAAAUCCUUUACUGACCUAUCAUUUGUACGACAAGUUCGUGGUAAGUAUCGCCAUCAAGACGUCUGCUAACUACGUUGAUAAUAUGGGUUAUUGACCCAGCGUGAGGUCGAGUAAAUGAAUUUAAUUUGAAUACUUCUGAUUGGUUCAUUGAAUUGUCAUUAUGUGUUGUGAUUGGCCAAUGUGACUGCGGAGACUUUGAGUAGGAAGCAACUCGUCAAAGCUGUGCCUGUACAGUCUGUCUGAUUAGGGAGAAAUGGUUCCCCUUUUCCCAAUCCAUCGGUAACUUAAGAGUGGUAAAUGCGUUUUUUUCUUAUUUUCAUAGUGGCUACACUAAAUAAAUGCAAGGAACACUUGUCUCUUUCUCUUUUUACAUGCCUCUCGUUUGUUUCUUGUAUUGAACGAACUGCUGAUGAUAUAAUUUUGAUCAACCAGUCAGUUUCUUUCCGUCUAAGAAAUAACACCUUUUAAACAACCAUACCGCACGUCACAAUAUGCUCGUAAAUAGAUGCUCUUUUAAGUAAUUAAUUUUUGCUACCGUUUUGUUUUCAGGCCGCUAUCCAGAUAACCGAGGAAUCAGAGCGGCAAAUUGCCGUGCAUCACGUAGUACAACAGCUUCCUCCGCCACAUUACAGAACACUAGAGUAUCUCUUACGUCACUUGGCACAUGUAGCCUCGUUUUCGCCUGAUACCGGCAUGCACGCCAAGAACCUGGCGAUAGUAUGGUCCCCAAACCUCUUACGGUCAAUGGCCAUGGACGGUGGCGGCGCCGCGCUCUUACAAGUCAACGUGCAGGCUAUUAUCAUUGAAUACCUUAUAAGGAAUGUGCACGUGUUUUUUGACCAGGACGCGGCAUCCGCGGUGAUUGUGGCAAAUCCACGUUACUCUACCGGUUCCCAAGACAUCCAAGCAAAGAUGGACUCUGACCCCGGUACGAAGCCUUAUGAAGUUGUAUUGUAUGAAUUUUAGUUUCCUUGCCUUCGUCUCACUCGCGAAGUAUUUUUUUUGACCAUGAAAACUUCAAAACAAUGAGUAAUAAAAGUAAGGCGUCCCUGGGGGUAGGCUGUCGGUUGUAAAAUGAAGAUUUUCUGCAAACAUUAGUGUCAGAAAAAUCAACUCGUCUUAAAAUCUUCCGCCCCAUUUCAACUUAACCAACAAGUCUACCGUCUGUAGUAUAGUCGAAAUCGGUUACCUUGUCGCAUUAACUUUCUAGGUUUUCUUAUAAAUCAUGAAGUUGAACAAUUUCUCUGCUACAUUAUUAUCCCUCAUAAACAUUACCAAAUACCUACCUACUACUACUACCUAAACGUGGGCAAGGAUGUUAAAUAAGUUAUGUGCGAUUUGUAUAUUAACUUUCUAAACUUUUAGUAAAUUGUCAGUGUUUUGGUAAUAUACUUUAACUUUUGCAAAUUUCUCUCUUCUUACGUUGGUCAACAUUUGGUGUGAUUUACUUACUAUCUUUGUUUUCUACAUUUCCUGUAGACAUUGCAGGUACUCCGUCUAUCGGUCCUAGGAUGGCGUCUCUAUCCAUUUCUCCUCCUACAAAGCUGAUUUCCCUGGAGGAGGCCCGGGCACGAGCCCAGAGCACGCCGUCUAGACCUACGGCACGUUAUAUGGGUUCCAAGCCGACAGACGCUCCACAUAGGUCCCAGACUGCUGUUUAUCGGACAGCAGUGGACGUUCCAACCAGGCGGAAGUCUGGGGAAGGAUCUAUAAGCGGGAGAAAGUGGAAAGGCUUUUUUAAUAAGACUAAAAGUUUUGAUGCACCGGCACAACCUGAGACAAGGGUUCAGGAAACAAAGCAAGGGACUUAUGUCAGUGUAGUGCGCGAGACGCGGCCUCAGCGUGGUGUCAUGGAAGGUGUACGACACGCGCGGAGUGCCGAGAAUCUUAGUGAAAUGCCUCGUGACCCGCCGCCUCGACCAGCAGUGAGAGCCAAGCAUGUGCGUAGUGAAGCCAAUCAUGCUGUUAGUGAGAUAAGAACUUCCCUUCAUCAGCCAGUUACGAUAUCAUUCGUCCACCAACCCGUUCGGGAACGUUCGUCGACGAGUGAGGGCGUGGUUCCGUCGCAUGUCAAGCGACACCCCGUGUUGACAUCGUUUAAGCGCGUCUCUUCAGAUCAGACUGUAUUCUGUUCUAAAGUAGAAUACCACCCCAACAGGACUCUUCACCGUAGAGCCUCCACCGGAGGUGAACAAUUGGAGAUGUCUGUGCAUAGGCAGGAGAUUCACGCGAACAAUGAGCAUCGGCCCUUGUCGGUUUACGACAAUCGACCAGUGUCGAUUUACGACAACGAGCCACCGAACGCAUUUCGAUAUUCAUCACCAGUAUUCUCGCAAAACUAUAACUCGAUACCCGAGGAACGGUAUCGAUACUCUUCGCCAGUAGACGUGACUACACCUCCCUUCACGAGAACCACCGCCGUGGAAGGGAGGCUAUCCCAACAGCAGGUUGCUAUCACAGGAGCGAGAUUGGCCCAUACGCCUCUCGUGUAUUGCGCGAACAGCAAUAGACCAAUGCAUUGAACAAAGGCACGUGAUUUGCACGUGUUUCAAAUCAAGUGUUCUGUGCCUGCGUGGCGUAAAUUUCCAAUGGUAUUUAAACUUGUCACUUUUGUCUUUUGUUUUUCAUUUCCUUUUUACUCCCUCUAUUAUAUGGCUGUUUAUACACAAAUACGCAAAUGAAUCUCCAUAUUUCACAUCCGGUAGUUGUUUCGUAAACUCGUCUUUUAUCGUUACAACUAGCCUGUUUUUCUUCGUACUUAUUACAUUUGAAUAUUCACAUGUUAACAAAGUAAACUGUAACACAGCAACUGUAACACAGCGUGUUACGGAUUAUCCUUCAUGAGAAGUUUCACAGUAAGGUUUUCAUUUGCAGAUCCCAAAGUUUAAACCACCCUGUACAGCACAAUAAACAGUACCACAAGAAAGAAAUUGUGGAGAGAGAUUAUGUUCAUGGUCAUACUUAAAAGAUUUUAUGCCGGCUAGUACCGUAAAGCUAUAAACGCAUAUAGUUUACCCUUCCACUCCUAAUGGUAACUAGUUAAAAAUAGAACAAAAAAAAAUCAAAUUUUACUUUGUAGAAUCCUGAGAAAUAAGUAGGACGAUGCAAACGUUCUGUUAAAGACGGUUUUUUUAUGGUAACACCAGAGUAUUUCAUCCUCAUUUAAGAAUUAGAGUGACAAAUUAUCUUGUCAUAACUUGGUCUAGAAGUGGAGGGGUUAAGUAACAGGUUAUUGUUCAGAUUGUUAGUCGAAGACACAAGAUAUUUAAAGCGCAUUUUAUAUCGUCUUAAGUCUUAUAAAUGAUAUUUCUAUCGCAUCACUUCAUGAAGUGAUUUUUUAGCCAACCCGGCUUCUUUAAAAAUAGCAUAAAGAGAAUGUCGGAGCCCAAGAAAAGAUGAAAAUAGUCACACCACAACUCUGUAAAUUUUGAUAUUUUUAAUUUAUGACGAGAGUGAGAAUUGUAUUUUUACUUGUGUGUUAUAUUAAAACUAAGAACUGACCGUUGGUUUGAAAAUGUUCAUACUUCGUUACAUUUAAUCAGCAGAUUAUAAACUGCCUGAUUUAAGAGGCAAUAAUGAAAACAAAAUGAAGCCUUGCCAUGUUUAAUUCCGAGCACUUUGAUAAUUUGCUUUUUGUGUAUGAAUUUAGUCGAUAACUAGGCUUAGAGCGGACGGAAGCAGAAACACACGAGAGCGAGCGCUGGCCGCACGCCUCUGUGUUUGCUACCGAUUCUCAACUGUAUAUGCGUCACUCUGGUUAAGGUUUGAAAGUUUAAAUAUACAUAUAUAUUAAGAACAGAGUACAGUUUUGGAUAUUUAAUAACUUAAUCCCACAUACCACUCAAUAGAGUAGGAACUAUUGCUACGAUUUUCGAUUCUUCAGACCUUGGAAUUAAAGCUUCAUUUCAAUUGU